CGUGUUUCCAGUAAAGUAUCGUUUUAGUUUAAUUUCUGGAUUAAUUAUCAAAAUUGUUCUUCUAGUUUGGUAGGAUGGAGCAGAUUCUUGGAGUGUUGGGUAAGAUACCGAACACAAAAACAAGAAAUGAUGACGAUUUUUCGGAUAGACUGUUGUAUCGUCACACGAGUGCUUUGUUCGUUCUCUUCGCCAUUGUUGUGUCGACGAAGCAGUACGUAGGAGACCCCAUCCAGUGCUGGGUCCCUGCUGAAUUCACAGGCAACCAUGAGGAGUACACCAACAACUUCUGCUGGAUAAGAAAUACGUAUUACCUGCCGUACGAAAAAAACAUUCCAAAGGAAUACGAGCACGACAAACGACAAAUCAUUCCGUACUACCAAUGGAUGCCCAUGAUUCUGGCCAUUCAGGGACUACUCUGCUAUCUUCCCAUCCUUCUCUGGAGGUGUUUGAACGACAAGUCGGGCAUCGACGUCAACACAGUUGUGGAGGCAGGAGAGGCCUUCACGAACGCUGAGAUAGCCGAGAGCAGGGAGAAAACUCUGACUCACAUGACCAGACAAUUGGAUAGAUAUUUGUCAAAUCAAAAAGAUGUGCCCAAAGGUUGUACAAUAAGUUUGAAACAAUGUUUUUCACAUGCUUGCUGCUCAUUGUUUGGUCGUCACAAGGGAAAUUAUCUGAUGUGCCUUUAUCUGAUUGUUAAGGUACUCGCACUGGCAUCUGUCUUCGGUCAGUUAUUUGCUUUGAAUUUUUUCCUCGGACAAGAUUUCCAUAUGUAUGGAUUUGAUGCUAUACACAGCAUGAUUACGGGAACCGACGUUUCAGCCUCUCCUCGCUUUCCUAGAGUCACCAUGUGCGAUUUUAAAAUACGUCGUCUGGGAAAUGUUCAACGUUACACGGUGCAAUGCGUUCUGCCGAUCAAUCUCUUCAAUGAAAAAAUUUAUCUGUUCGUGUGGUUUUGGUUGGCAUUUGUGUCUGCAAUUCUUUCCUUUUCUCUGAUUUCGUGGAUCGCUAGGGCUGUAAUGAAAUCUGACAAGCACCGUUACAUUCGCAAACACUUGCACCUGAUGGAGAAGCUACAACGUGAUUCAGACAAGAAGAAUGCUGUGAAGUUUGUUGAAGAUUAUUUGAAGCAAGAUGGCGUUUUCAUUCUGAGGUUGGUCGGUCACAACACCAACGCUCUAACAGUUACUGAGUUUGUGGGCCACCUCUGGGACAACUACCGCGUCAAGCCGCUGACUGAUCGCAUAGAGAAGGAACUCAGUGAGGUUUAAACUCAUCUAUAUACAAGUAACCAACUAAACUGACGUGUUAUUAUUUUGAUAUAACUACAUAUAAUAUAUAUAAAAAGACUAAUUUUUUAAAACGUAUUUGCGAUUUUUUAUCACUGUUUUUGUUUUUAUUAUAUGUAAGAAAGCUUCCUAAUAAACCUUAUUUUUGAUCGUUGCCUUAUUUAUACGUUAUAAUUCAGGAUUUUUAAUGGAUCACUUUUAUAAAAUUGAUUUUAAGAAACUGGAUAUUUGAAAAAGUAUUUCAUGCAAAAACCUUUUACUAUUUUUUAUUUAAUGUAUUAUAAAAAUAUUUUUUCAGCAGUUAUAGGACUGUUAUAGACCUAUAGACCAAUGCAAUGCGAGUUAUAGCCAUGUUCUUAAACGUUUGAAUUUUUAUUUUUCUGGAACUGUCAUCUUUAAACUGUUUCCUGUUCAUCCAUGUUUUUCCGUGUGUAUAUAAAGAUGUUUUCAAUAAACUCUAUCUGUUUCAAUCUCAGCAUUUCAUGAUUUAUUAAUUAGAUUUAUUGAUUAUGUUUAAUAUUUUAACAGAUAUUUUACUGAAUAAAUAAAUAAUUUAAUGUAAAUAUUUAACGCAAAUUUGUCUUCCAGUUUUUCAGUAUUUUAUGUGUCGUAAAUGUUUCAUGCAGGGUAUAAAUUACAUAGACCUUGGGUGUUUUCUUUAUAAAUUUUUAAUUAUACAUAAUUUUUUUUUAUCAUGAACAUCGGAUUUUCAGACGCGAUGAACUUGUGCGUUAACUAAUUACAUAAUAACUAUUUAAUGAUGAAAUUUCGUAUAAACCCUGUUAAUAUAUUUUUGUAUUUAAUUGGAUUAUUUAUUUUUUACUAUGCGGAAAGUUUUCAUUACGUACUUGUGUUCAUUGGUUUAGGAAACGAUCAUUCGUAUUUAAAACAUGAAAAGUUACUUUUGACAUUUUUUUAACCUGCGUAAUUUUAAUUUCAUAUCAUGUUUCUCUUCAGUUAUCACGUUGAAAUGGAAUGUGGGAACGGUAAAAACUUCGAACAUUAGCAUUAUUUAGCAUUAUUUAACGAAUAUGCUACGAGUGCUUGAUUUUGUGACAUUUGAAUUAAAAUUGAAAAAAGUAAUAUUUUUAAUUGUUUAAUAUGAAAUAAUUUUACUCAAAA